AACUUGGCAGUGAAUCUCAAAAAUCGGAUAAUUUUUGAAUUCAUAGCCAUAACAGCAAGAUGGCCGAUAUUUCUAUUAUCGACAUUAACAAAUUCAUUAAGAUUUUUAAUUCCUCCAUGAUAUAAAAGUUCGAGGAUUUAAAGAUCUCCUUUAAGUCCAGCAGUCAGUAUUAAAUCAACCAUAAUAUGAUGAGGUGCUUCAAUGGUACCUCCAUUUUAUUAAAAGAAAAGAAUUAAUUCUUUAUCUCUUGUAAUAAGAAUAUCAUACAUAGGUGUAUAACCAAGUUAAUCUAUAGGAUUAAUAUUAACAUGAACUUCUUCAAUUAGAUAUUUAAUAAUUUCUAUUUAUUUUGUAGCAGCAGCAAGAUGUAAAAUAGUUCUACCAUCAAAAUCUGGAAUAUUGAGAUCCCCUUCAUUUUUUCUAAGAUCUUUGAUUAAAUCUAAUUAUCCAGUUGUAGCUAGAAAGCA